AUGGCCGCCGCAGCACCGCCACCACCACCGGCUGAACCCCCCACAACGAUGCCAGAAACCGCCCUUCCGCGGCAACCAUUGUUCACACGCAUCCGCUUAGCCACCCCUUCCGACGUUCCUUACAUCAACAAGCUAGUUCAUCAAAUGGCUGUUUUUGAACGCCUGACUCACCUCUUCACCGCGACAGAGUCUUCCUACUCCUCCACCCUCUUCUCUCCCGACAACAAACCAUUCCACUCUUUCACCGUCUUUCUCCUUGAAGUAUCUCAAAACCCUUUCACCGAUACCCGAUUCGACAACGACCCUUUUUAUAAACCCUUAAUCAAAGUCGUGAACUUGGAGCUCCCAAUCGAUGACCCAGAGAAAGAAAAUUUCAAAACUGAGAAUGGAAAUGAAGUUAUCGUUGCUGGGUUUGUGUUGUUUUUCCGUAAUUAUUCAACUUUUUUGGGGAAGCCUGGGUUCUAUGUGGAAGAUCUGUUUGUGAGGGAGAGUUAUAGGAGAAAAGGGUUUGGGAAAAUGUUGCUUACUGCUGUGGCGAAUCAGGCUGUGAAGAUGGGGUAUGGGAGGGUGGAAUGGGUUGUGCUUGAUUGGAAUGUUAAUGCUAUUAAGUUUUAUGAGGAUCUGGGUGCUGAGAUCUUGCAGGAAUGGAGGCUUUGCAGACUCACUGGGGAGAAUCUGGAGGCUUAUGGAGCUACUGAUUAA